AUGCCUCCUGCGUCCGGCGCUGGCUUUGCGCAGUUCUUCCCAGCCGCGCCAAGAGCGGCGCGGGACCGCGCAACCGCCAUAGAGCGCGAGCGGGCCUCAAAACAGCGCGCCACCGGGUCGCCUGGCCCACGCGACAGCCCGAGUGCGCCAUCCGCAAGGCCAUCAGGAGAUGACGAAGAAUCCCUGCCUGGUGAAGGUCAGUCCACAGCCGCAGCAACAUCACCACCAAUGACGUCGUCAUCAAUCGCGCGCGCUGGUGCGUCAUCCGGAUCAGCCGCGUCCGCAUCGGCAUCAGCAUCGGCAUCAAACCCGCCUUCCACAAGCAGCAGCAAUGGUGCCAGCUAUCUCACUCCGCUCACAGCCGAUCACUCUCCAUCGUCUACAAGCAUACCGCAUCAGCAGCAGCAGCUACAAUCAGGCGCGUCGCAUCACCCUAACCAGGCAAUCAAUGGCUGGCCAUCAAACAAACCGUUGUCCGCAUCGUCUACUACCACCUCACCCAACCGUCAACCGCCUCCACCACCUCCACCACCUCCUCCGCCAUCACAGCUCGUGCCUACACCCACUUCGUCCUCCUCCCUAUCCGACCACAUGAUGGCCAACGGCCUCAAUCCCUCCAUCGGGCUUGAUACUCUCCUCGGCGACCGCGUGCCCGCUCGGGACCCGCACCGCCUUGUCCAGGGCAUUGCCUGUGUCUAUGAUCCACAGCUGCCUGACGACAAGAAUACCGUUUCGAACUUUGACCUCAAGCGAAGAGGGAAGCAUGUCCUCAAAGAAUUUGGCUCGGAAGAUGACGCUCCUCCCGCGGACCCCCGUCUAGCCAAAGGCGGUCGACUCAACUACAUCAAUGUCGAUUUCCAUCUCGCACGCGCCCGUUUACGCCACACCCCGUACGACCUGAAGCCAUAUGUCUACGAUCCCCGGACGUCGCUCGGCCCUGGUCCGCCCACACAAGUCGUCGUGUCCGGCUUCAACCCGCUCGUACCGUUUUCCAAGAUCAUUGCCAUGUUCGCAUCCUUCGGUGACAUUGCGGAGAGUAGCAACAAGAUGCAUCCGGAGACGGGCAGUUAUCUCGGCUUCGGCACAUUCCGCUACCGGGACACAAAGCCCAGCCGGUCACGGCCUGUGCCUGUAUCAGCCAUUGAUGCUGCACGGCGUGCUGUGCGCCAGCUGAACGGCUCUCGCGUCGAAGGCACCCCAGUUCGUGUAGAGUACGACCCCGAUGGCCGGAAGAGCAGUCGUAUGUUGGAAACGACCUUGCGAAAGGACAGAGAAAAGGAAAUGAAGGCCAAUGCGGUGAGAAUACCUGUCGCGCCACGUGGUCUUGGUGUCCCAGCGAACCUGCGGCCACCGCCGACUGCUCCCCGUGGUCCUGCUGCACUUCGGAUGCAGCAGGCGCCAGGAGCGCUCGCGCCUGCUGCUGCUACUGCUGCAGCUGCCGCUGCCGCAGUUGCUGGCGCUGGCGUCGGCGUGGGAGCUACGGCAGGACCUGGUGCAGGCCCCAAGGCCGGCAUGGGUAGCGCAGUGCCUCGAGGGCCUGCAGUCAUAGCACCGGCGUCGGCCGCUACGAUCCCAGACGGACCGCCUGGACAGUGCAUCGAGAAGAAUCCGAUUGCGCCUCGCCUUCCUCAUACCCCAUUUAUCUUUAUCAGCUGCGACCACGUCCCAGUGGUCUUUCAGACAAUUGCGCACAUGAGGCGCCGGCUCAAGAUGCAGCACUUUGAGGAGAUCCGCGCCGAUCUUUCCGGUUAUUUUGUCGUCUUUCGCGACAGUGCCACGGGCAAGCACGAUGCCGAACGCUGCUUCCAGACAGCCAACCGUACCGCAUUUUUCACAUAUGAGCUGGUCAUGAAGCUAUACGCCCGCGGCUACUCCGGAGGAAGCCUUGAAGACAAGGCCGGCACUACCUCUGGGUUAAAGAACCGGCGCAGCCAUAGUCCGGCUCCCGAGAAGACCGAGGAACAGCUGUUGCGCGACGAGAAGGCGCAGAUGCGCAAGGACGAAGAGGCCGACCUCGAGGAAGAGAAGAAGCAGCGCGCCAAGAACUUCGACCCGGUAAGGGCCGCUGUCGAGACCGUCCGUCUCGAGCUGGUCGAGCAUCUCAUCCGCCACAUCCGCGCCGACGUGGCAGCCCCUCUGCUGUUUAACUACCUUGAUCCGGCCAACCAUGACGCUAAACGGCGCCUCCACAACAUUGGCGGCGCGAGGCUCUCCGCCCUUCUCUUUGACGAGCAGGACGGCGGGGAGCGCCGCAAGAAACCGUCGCCUAUCAGCACCCCCAACUCGCGUGCCGAUCCGAUCGAACGGCGCACUGGCCGCCUCGACGUGGCUGCUCUGCCGCGCAUUCGCAAGGCCAAAGGCGCCAAAAAGCUGGCUGCGGUUCGCAAGCAGGGCCUGUUUGAUCCGUUUGCCCGGCAGCGCACCCAAGACACAUCGUCUCGGAGUGCCUUCCGCUCCCUACACUACCGACUCAAAGACGACAGUGACGACGAUUCAGAGGACGAGACGGAGAACCGCUUCUCGAUUGGCGGCCGCGAUACGGAAGAGCCCGAAUCGCGUGCGUCUGAAGCUGAGCGCGAGGCCGCAGAAGACGACGACGAUGACGAUACCGACGCGGAGGGCCGGGCGCUCAAGAAGACGCUCGCGGGCCAGUGGACCGGCCGUGACGAAGAUUCGAUGACGGAAGCGAGUUUCUCUGCCACGCCUGCUGAGUCAGAAUCUACGGCAACGCCUGCAACGACAGUGCAUACAGCAACAAAGGCCCCGGUCAAGAAACGCAAGCUGGAGCUGCAAAUGGAGGCGGCCCUGAAGCGGCAGAAGAGGAACGACGAAGAUCUCUUUGGCGUGUCCAUUGGUGCUGUCGAGACCAAGUUCCGGGCCGACGUGACCGCUCCGAAGACUGAGGAUAUGGUUAUCGACGACGGCGUAGCCGCGCCGCGGACCACGAAAUCGUCGACGCCUGCCGCCGCGGUCUCCGAUGAGGCCGACAAGAAGAAGAAGCCGGUCAGCAAGAAAACCAAAAAGACCAAGAAGCAAAUCUUGGAGGAGCGUAGGGCGGCAGACGAGGAGGGCCUCAGGGAUCAGUCGAACCAGAAGGUGCCACCAGUCAGUGAGGCCAAGGCCGUCAAGAAGACCGACGAGACACCAGAGCCUGGAGCCCUCAAGGGGAAGCUCCCCGCCUCUGUUCCAGCCUCCAAAACAAAGGGCAAGGCAGUCAAGGCGUCCACCCCUGCCGCCGCCCCUGUUGCUCCCCUCAAGGCUGGCAGAACGCCGCAGGAGAUUGCCGAGUUUGUGGACCAGAGGCGCACUAUGGACCCUGCCCUCUAUGGCGACACGCUCACGCGCUCUCUCGCCACGCCGUCGGACUUCCGGCCGUCCCUCGAUAUCCUGCGCACGCUCAGUCUGCACAAGGCUGAUCUGCCGGACGCCGAGCGGCUUGCGAAGAAGUACAGCACACUUCUCAACAGCAUUUCGUCCGCCAAGGCGAGCGACAACAAACCCGCCAGCAUCAGUGACUUUGAAAUGUUCCUGUGGAAGCACGAGCGCGUCACCCGCCUCAACGCCGACGAGCAGAGCAUGAUUGAUGCCGCCAUGGCCGAGAAGGGCAACAGCACGUCUGCUGCUGCGUCUGCGGCCGCUGCGGCCGCUGCGGAGGCUGCGAUCAAGGACGCUCUGAACCGGCCACGCAUCGAAGGCUACUACGUGCCGAACUCGACCGGCAGCGCGCGCACAGAGGGCGUCCAGAAGAUCAAAAACUCGGAAAAGUCCAAGUACCUGCCGCAUCACCUCAAGGUCAAGAAGGCGCGCGAAGAGCGCGAAGCGCGUGCAGGCAAGGCGGGCAAAGCGGCGGCGGUGGCGGCGGCCAAGGUGGCCACCGAGGCGUCGGCGUCGCGGGGCAGCUCACGGGCGAACCGCGUGAACCAGCGGCGCUACAUUGCCGACCUCAACGACCAGAAGCGGACGCUGGGCCAGGACUCGGACGUGCUGCGGUUCAACCAGCUCAAGAAGCGCAAGAAGACGGUCAAGUUUGCGCGCUCGGCGAUCCACAACUGGGGUCUAUAUGCCAUGGAGAGCAUCCCCAAGGACGACAUGAUUAUCGAGUACGUGGGCCAGGAGGUGCGGCAGUCGGUGGCGACGAUCCGCGAGCGGGCGUACAUCCGGGCUGGCAUCGGCAGCAGCUACCUGUUCCGGAUCGACGACGCCACCGUCAUCGACGCGACGAAAAAGGGCGGCAUUGCACGGUUCAUCAACCACAGCUGCAUGCCCAACUGCACGGCCAAGAUCAUCAAGGUGGAGGGCAGCAAGCGCAUUGUCAUCUACGCCCUGCGCGACAUUGCCCAAAACGAGGAGCUUACGUAUGACUACAAAUUCGAGCCCGAGGACAACCCAGAGGACCGUGUGCCCUGUCUCUGUGGCACAACGGCGUGCAAGGGCUUCCUCAACUAA